AUGGAGCUGGAAGCGCUGCGCUCUAUCUACGAGGGAGACCUGUGCUUCAGGGAGCUUAGCCCGGUUUCCUUCCAGUACAGGAUAGGUGAAAGUGGAGAUCCCAAAGCUUUUCUGAUAGAAGUUUCUUGGCCAGAAACAUAUCCACAAACAGCACCAGUCAUAUCGAUGGAUGCUUUCUUCAACAACACAAUAUCUUCAGCUAUUAAACAAAGUAUAUUGGAUAAGUUAAUGGUAGAAGUUGAAGCGAAUCUUGGAACUGCUAUGACAUACACACUUUUUGAAUAUGCCAAAGAUAAUAAAGAGGUGUUCAUGGAAAAUCAGCCUGUUAACACUGUGACUUCAGUAAGCAAUAGUGUUGCAAUUGGGACUCCUGAUCUGCCAGCAAGUAAGAAAAAAGAUAAAAGAGAGCAGUUAUCCAAAACCCAGAAACGAAAACUAGCCGAUAAAACAGAUAACAAAGGGGAGCUGCCACGAGGAUGGAACUGGGUGGACGUAAUUAAGCAUUUAAGCAAAACUGGUUCUAAAGAUGAUGAAUAAAGGACUUUGGUACAAGGAAUCUCCACCUUUUAAUACAGUGCAAUUUUGGGUCACCAUCUUUCUCUUAAUGACUUUCAUAUUUGUUGAAGUAAACUUUUAUAAAGCUCAAUUUCCUAACUUGCAAACCUAGUCACACAAGUUUAUCUAGAGACUAUGUGGUCUUCUUUGGAAAAAAAACAAAACAAACUUGCCUUAAAUGAAGGUUAGAAUGUGACAGAGGAUAUAGAGAGCCAAUGUGGUGAAGUGAAUAGUGCUAUAUGCAGUGUUUAUUAAUUUAUAUUUUACUCUGUAGUAAAAUCCUGUUAUAGUGAGCCAAAUGAUACUGUAAACAUUUCCUGAUGUUCUUAUUCUAAUUGAAGAAAAAAGCACUAUAACAGUGAUUGGUCACUUGACAGCAUAAUUCAUCAAAAUAAAUUAUUCCAUGGAAACAAGACCUUUGUCAUUUG